GGUGGACGCCUUGUUUACGCCCAGGUUCAUUUUGAAGCAAUUAGUAAAUGCUGCUGCAAGCAUGUAUUCUAUACUGGAGUACAAAGGACUCAGAAAUGAGGCGUGGUGCGGCUACUGCCGCUCCCCACACGGCAAAAGAUCUCACGGCAUGUGGGCUCACUCCCUCACUGUUCAGGAUUACCAGGAUCUGAUAGACAGAGGAUGGAGAAGGAGUGGAAAGUAUGUGUACAAGCCUUUGAUGAAUGAGACCUGCUGCCCGCAGUAUACCAUCAGAUUAUGUGCUACAGAUUUCUAUCCCAACAAAUCACACAAGAAAGUCCUGAAAAAAAUGCAGAAGUUUCUUCAGGCUGGGGAAAUCUCUCGCUCUGCAAAUGACGAAAUUCCUGGAGAGCCAAUGGAUUCACAGGCUGGAAGUCCAAUUUCCCACAAUGUCUGUAUUCAUGACAAGACUGAUAUUGCUCCAGAAGACUUGAAACCUUUGAGUGCAGUGCUAGAGGAGACGGAAGAAAACAACAAGGGAUUGCUCUCGAGCAUUGAUGAGAACGUUAAUGAAGAACCAGUUGAAUCAGAACAAGCUGCUGAUCCCAGGACGGCUUUUCAGUCAACUCCAAAACCUGGUAUAGGUGCUGACGCCAGUAAACCACCAUGUCGGAAAGCCAAAGACAUCCGCAAGGAACGUCGCUUGAAGAAACUCCAGCUUCAAAAUUCUGAUCAUGCCACGUCCUCGGGGGAAAAUGUCACCAUCAAUGUCAACGCAUCAAAGCCAAAAGCAUUUGGUAGCAAGUCAGUGGAAGAAUUUCUUGUUGUGGCAGACCCAGAGAAAGCAGCACAUUUACUUGAGGUCAAAUUAGUUCCGGUCUCCAUGGAGGACCCAGAAUUCGUGUCAUCCUUCGAAUCUUCGGCAGCUCUCUAUGCCAAGUACCAGAAGAGCGUGCACAAGGAUCUCCCAUACCAAUGCGGCCCAGAUGAGUUCACCAGAUUUCUCUGCGAUUCUCCUCUAGAGCCAGAGACCCGGCCAGAUGGUCUUGCUUGUGGUUAUGGCUCCUUUCACCAGCAGUACUUGUUGGAUGGGAAGAUAAUUGCAGUGGGUGUCAUUGACAUCCUUCCUUAUUGUAUAUCUUCUGUUUACCUCUACUAUGACCCUGAUUACUCCUUCCUCUCUCUUGGUGUCUACUCUGCUCUGAGAGAAAUAGCAUUCACCCGGGAAUUACAGGCAAAGGCUGCUGACUUGUGCUACUACUACAUGGGGUUCUACAUCCACUCCUGUCCUAAAAUGAGGUACAAGGGUCAGUAUAAACCUUCACAACUCCUUUGUCCCGAGAGCUACCUGUGGGUGCAUAUAGAGCAGUGUGUACCUCUACUUGAGAGCACUAAAUACUCUCGCUUCAACAGCAACUCUGAAGAAAGAGACAAAGACCGAUUGACAGAACUGGGCCGGGUUCGAGUCCUCCACAAACGUACAGUGAUGCCUUAUAGCAUAUACAAGAAGAAACGCAAGGGGCCAAAUGAUGAGACUACUGUUAAACAAUAUGCUGGCUUGGUAGGCCAGACCUGUGCCGAGCGCAUGUUACUGUACCGCAGCUGAGAGCCCACUGCAUUUAUGACCCCUGAAGGACUGGCCUUGUAGGAAGACUGCAUGUUAUUAUUAUUAUUAUCGGAAAUCCGGGAAUUAAUUCACCAGUUAGGUAUGAGUGAAAGAGAUAUGGAUCAGUCCGUUCUCCAUAGCUCAGUCCUCUUCCUCAUUGUAGUGUAUAGGAGAACUAUGCAAUGGGUUUUCAAAUCAACCCAAGCUGAUUUAUGUUUAGCUGUUGUUUUAAGAGCAACUCCAUCAGGAUAAAAUGAUGAUAUCGCACUGUUAUGUGCACUACUUCUUUCUUUUUUAAAUGUAACUUCUAUAAGGCCCCAUCGUUAAGGUUCUAAACUCAAUUCCCAUCAGUUGAAAACAUUUGCAAUUGUCAGCAUCUGGAAGUGUCUACUGUUGGAAAACAGUGCAAUGUAUGUAAUAGGAAUGUGUACAAAAAAGUAGCUA